AGAAUGGCUGUGCUUAAUCAAAAGUCUAUCUUGGAUAUGAUUAAAGAGUUCAGAAGGAAUUGGCACAUUCUUUGUGACUCUGAGAGAACUACUGUAUGUGGCGCAGACUCCAUGCUCUUGGCAUUGCAGCUUUCCAUGGCAGACAACAACAAACAGCACAAUGGAGAAUUUACAGUUCCUCUCAGUGAUGUCUUAUUGACCUGGAAAUUCUUCCUACAUGAGAAGUUGAACUUACCAGUUGAAAAUAUGGAAGUGAUUGACCAUUAUGAGGACAUUAGGAGGACUUACGAUGAUUUCUUAAAGAAUAGUAAUAUGUUAGAUCUGAUUGAUGUUUAUAAAAAAUGUAGUGUUUUGAUUUCUAAUUGUGAAAAUAAUGCCAACAUAUCCCCUAGUCAACUACGGGAUUUUCUGCUUGGAAGACAGUAUGCAGUAGCUGCUGAAACUGAUCUUUAUGUACCGACAUCACCAAUGAGUAAACACAACCAGGAUAAUGAAAAGGUGCAGUUACUAGCAAGGAAAAUUAUCUACUCAUAUUUAAGCCUGCUAGUGAAUUCAAAGAAUGACCUGGCUCUGGCUCAUAUUCUUAAUAUUCCUGAUAGAGGACUUGGACGAGAAGCCUUCACUGAUUUGAAACAUGCUGCUCAAGAGAAAAAGAUGUCGAUCUUUUUGGUGGCCACAUCAUUUAUUAGGACACUAGAGCUUGGAGGGAAAGGAUAUGCACCAUCACCAUCUGAUCCUUUAAGGGCACAUGUAAAAGGAUUGUCUAAUUUUAUUAACUUCAUUGACAAAUUAGAUGAGGUUCUUGGAGAAAUACCAAAUCCAAGCAUUGCAGGGGGUCGGAUACUCUCAGUGAUAAAGAUGCAGCUGAUUAAAGGCCAGAACAGCAGGGAUCCUUUUUGUAAAGCAGUAGAGGAAGUAGCUCAGGAUUUGGAUUUGAGGAUUAAAAAUAUUAUCAAUUCUCAACAAGGAGAUGUAAUUCUUGGUACCACUGGUAUCAGUCCUGCAAGGCCAAAAUCUUAUGCUAUAAACCAUGGUACUGCAUACUGUGGCAGAGAUACUGUGAAAAUUUUACUAGUUCUUUUGGAUGAGGAAGCAGCCAGUUUGCCUACCAAAAACAAAGCAGAGCUUUUAUAUGAUGAUGAAAACACAAUUCAUCAUAAUGGGAUUUCUAUUCUUACACUUUUUAGAUCUCCCACACAAGUGAAUAAUUCAUCAAUGAAACCCCUAAGAGAACGCAUCCAUAAGUCAAUGCACGAGAAAAAAACUAAGAUGAAGCAAACCUUAAUUAGAUCCCAGUUUGCUUGUACUUAUAAAGAGGACUGCAUAAUAAGCAAGGAUAAAUGGAAUGAUGUUAAUUCAGCAUCAGAGCCUUUGUAUGUACUUCGCAUGGAAAAUGACCUUUCUGAAGGUGUAAAUUCAUCUGUUAGAAGACCAACAGUUGGAACGAGUUCUGGAAAUGUUCAUCUGGACAGAAGUAAAAGUGAAAAAGUUGCAAGGAAAUCAAGUAGUAAGACAGGAAAUAAAAGCUCAAAGAGGAAACAGGUGGAUUUAGAUGAUGAAAAUAAUCUUUGUGAUAGUGGAAAUGAACCAUCUCAACAUAAAAAUUUUAAAAUACCUAAGACAUCAAACAAUUUCCAGAAUAAAUUGUGUGGCAAAAUAGCUAGAGUAGCAAAAAGCAACAACUGUACAGGCAAGGACAAAUUGAUUACUGGCCAGACAAAGUUAACUCAAUAUUUUAGACUAUGA